GUUUGACAUCUACAGGAAGGUGCCAAAAGACCUUACACAGCCAACCUACACGGGGGCUAUUAUCUCUGUUUGCUGCUGUCUCUUCAUACUGUUUCUCUUCCUGUCUGAGCUCACCGGAUUCAUAGCCACUGAAAUAGUUAAUGAGCUCUACGUGGAUGACCCAGACAAAGACAGUGGAGGUAAAAUAGAAGUGAAUCUGAACAUCAGUUUGCCAAACCUGCAUUGUGAAUUAGUUGGACUAGACAUCCAAGAUGAAAUGGGAAGGCACGAAGUGGGUCAUAUUGACAACUCGAUGAAGAUACCUCUCAAUAAUGGGGAUGGCUGCAGGUUUGAGGGCCAUUUCAGCAUCAACAAGGUCCCUGGUAACUUUCACGUGUCAACACACAGUGCCACUGCGCAGCCUCAGAAUCCUGACAUGACUCACAUCAUCCACAAGCUCUCAUUUGGGGACAAGUUACAGGUCCAUAAUGUUCAUGGAGCGUUCAAUGCCUUGGAGGGAGCAGACAAACUCAGCUCGAAUCCUCUUGCAUCUCAUGAUUACAUAUUGAAGAUAGUCCCGACGGUGUACGAAGACAUGAGCGGCAAGCAGCGAUAUUCAUACCAAUAUACUGUAGCAAAUAAGGAGUACGUAGCCUACAGUCACACUGGCCGCAUUAUCCCAGCUAUCUGGUUUCGUUAUGAUUUGAGUCCCAUCACAGUGAAAUACACAGAGAGGCGGCAGCCUUUGUACAGGUUUAUCACAUCGAUAUGUGCCAUCAUUGGAGGAACAUUUACUGUAGCUGGGAUCCUCGACUCCUGCAUUUUCACAGCAUCAGAGGCCUGGAAGAAGAUCCAGCUAGGGAAAAUGCAGUAGCGAUGAAACUCCACCCUAGUCUCCAAGGACAGGAGCAAAGAUUGAGAAAUCUACCACUACCUGUUUUUGUCUUUAUUUUCUAUUUGGUUGAAUCAGUUAAGUUUUUCUCUAAUCAGGCUGUUCAGUGAAGACGUCUUCAACAAAUCAAAGAAAUCUCCAUGCAUUUCAGAGCUCUGAGAGUGAAAAAUCAAUGGAAUCAGGACAUGGAUUUCGAUUCUCUCCCCCAGAGAGGUUGAAAUGCCAUAUAUGAAAUACACCAUCAGUUCUAAGUAAGGAUGACAGUCUGUUCUCUGGGAGGUUCCUAUGGCAGCGUACAAACUAGAUAGUAGAUUGCAAAGAGUUGAGCUGUCUUGUGGCACUUUUUGGAAUUCUGUUGGAUUUGCAUGAUUAGACAAUCACUUUUGUAUAAGGCAGAAUUACACAUUAGGAAGAAAUUCCACCUGUGGUGCCAAAAAGGUGAUGUAUCUGUUGGAGAGGAAUGGAAAGUAUUAGUCCCCGUAGCACACUUUAGAGACAGAGGGCAGAAAUGACAUCAAGAAAUGUUUUGUGCUUUUAUUUGAAAGCUCCUUUGUUCAGAUAUGACCUUUCUAAUGAAAUGAACAAAUGAGAAGAGGAAGCAUUCCCCCAGCUACCUUUUCUUGGGUAAUCUGUCAUCCAGGCAGUGAAGGGCCUUUCUUUUACUCUGGAUGUAAAAGUGGUUUCAUUUCUUCCCAGAAACUGAAUAUC